CGUUACCAUUUACUCUAGUUUGGCACAGUUCUUUGAUUGUAUUUUCAGAUGAGUUUUUUGCAAAAUAAAUAAAUAAAAAUACAAUAAAAUUGCCAAACAGUAAUAGAAUAUAACGCAUCGACAGAAAUAUACCGACUUUAGAGUAUUGCUACAUUGAAAACAAUGGGCAAUAUUGCAAAAAUAAAUACGGUAGAAAAAAUUUACGAAUAGAGAAAAAAAUUGUGUGCUGAAGAAAGAGCAGGAGCAAAACGAGAAAGACGACAUACGUGAAACAGAUUGUUAACAACAAGCAAGCAGAAUCCUGUGCGGAGGAUAGAGAUACCUUUUGCAGAGGAAUUCACAUCUUUUAUUAAUUGUACCCCGAUUACGUUUUCAUUGAAUAAACACGAAAUUGGCAAAUAUUGAAGAAUUCCAGCAACAGGACUCCAAUAAUAACGGCGUCAUGUGGGACUCCUCGUCGAUGUUCCUGAGCACUUUGACGCCAAAAUUUUAUGUAGCACUAACGGGGACUUCCAGCCUAAUAUCGGGUCUCAUACUGAUAUUUGAAUGGUGGUAUUUUCGUAAAUAUGGUACAUCAUUUAUAGAACAAGUGUCCAUAAACCACAUUAGUCCUUGGAUAAAUGGCAGCGAUUCCAAUUCAGACUCAAAUGGCAAUGGCAACAGUGGUAAUGGCAGUGCCGGCAAUGGUGGAACGUCGAGCAAUGGUAUUAAUGGAAGUUCUGCAAACGGCACCACAUCCAGUAGUGGCCAACAAAUGCCCGAAUGCAAAGUAUGGCGUAAUCCUUUGAAUUUAUUUCGUGGAGCCGAAUAUCAACGUUUCUUUUGGGCCACAAGCAAGGAACCUCUUACCUACUAUGAUAUGAAUUUGUCGGCGCAAGAUCAUCAAACGUUCUUUACGUGUGAAGGCGAUGCUCGCAAGGAAGAAUAUGAAAUAAUGCAAACGGCGUGGCGAGAACGCAAUCCAGUUCAACGUAUUAAAUCCGCACAUAAUGCCAUCGAAAUCAAUCCCGAUUGUGCUCCUGCUUAUAUACUUUUGGCUGAGGAAGAAGCAACAACUAUUGUUGAAGCCGAACGUAUACUGCGGACUGCUCUAAAAGUGGCCGAGCAAAAUUAUCGCAAAUCACAGGCAACACAACAUCAGGGUUCCGUGGCCGAGGGCAUACAUCGUCGAGACACAAAUGUCCUAAUCUAUAUACGGCGGAGAUUGGCUAUGUGUGCUCGCAAAUUGGGCAAGCUAAAGGAAGCUGCAAAAAUGUUCCGUGAUUUAACAAAAGAAAUUCCAUCUAUUAUGAAUGUUUUGAACAUUCAUGAGAAUCUCAUUGAAACUUUGCUGGAGAUGCAGGCGUAUGCUGAUUGCCAAGCAGUUUUAGCCAAAUACGAUGACAUUUCCUUGCCCAAGUCGGCCACAAUUUGCUAUACAGCAGCAUUGCUGAAGGCUAGAGCAGUUGCUGACAAAUUCUCCCCCGACAUAGCCUCGAAACGGGGCCUCAGUCCGGCCGAAAUGUGUGCUGUGGAGGCCAUACACAGAGCGGUGGAAUUUAAUCCUCAUGUGCCGAAGUAUUUGUUAGAGACAAAGCCACUCAUUUUGCCCCCGGAGCAUAUCUUAAAGCGUGGCGAUUCUGAAGCCUUGGCCUAUGCUUUCUUCCACCUGAAGCACUGGAAAAAUAUUGAGGGUGCAUUAAACUUGCUUCACUGCACCUGGGAGGGUACAUUCCGAAUGUUACCGUAUCCUUUGGAACGAGGCCAUUUAUUCUAUCCAUAUCCAACAUGUACAGAGUGUGCUGAUCGCGAACUAUUGCCGGCAUUCCAUGAAGUUUCCGUCUAUCCCAAAAAGGAAUUGCCCUUUUUCAUACUCUUCACAGCGGGGCUGUGUUCAUUCACCGCAUUAUUGGCUCUCUUAACACAUCAAUAUCCGGAACCCAUGGGCUUGUUGGCGCAAACUGUACUUACCUGGAUAUCGUAUCCAUUUCAACUGCUCAAGGAACGCAUUGAAGCAUUUUGGCCUUGCAAUCUUUUGCAGCAUAUAUCAAGAGUUUAAAAAAUACCAGAGACCCCUGUUUCCUUCUUACCCCAAAGUACACAAUAACAAGAAACGCCGUAUCCAUGUACAUCACCAAAUCCACAAUUAAUGCUAUGUGUUGUCACACACACACACACACACCACGCGCAACCAGCACAUUUGUUUCUCGCACAAAUUCUCGUUGCAAAAUGCUGGCAAAUCUACAAAAUUGGUAGAAGUCGGUUGUUUCAGCUAAGUUUUUUAUUUCAGUUAUUAUUUUUUACCGUUAUUAGUUAUUUUCUUUAAGGCUCCCGCGUGUUCCAUUUAUUUUUUAAUCCCAUGAAAACAGUCCAUCAACUCCCCACUCAGACGAAAUCAAUUUGUUUUUACAAAAUGAUGCUGAGUUUAUUAUUAUUAUUUAAUAAAAGAGAGAAAAAAGUAUGAUUCAUUUUAUUUAUUGUUUUGUUAUAAUGAAAAAUACAUUUAAUUUUUUUUAAAUUCAAAAACAAUUGAAGCCCUUCCUCCCAAAAUUGUAAAAGAUAAGAUGAACACAAUCUUAAAAAAUCCAUUACAACAUAAAAUUGAAAAAUAUAUAUUGUAUUUAUAAACAGAAAGUAAUAAAACAAAUAUUCUCAAAAUAAAUUUAUUAAAAAUUGAUUAAACUUAUUUUGAAGAAGAAAAUAUAA